CCUAACACUUGGGGUGAGCCUCGUGUCAGCUUCCACUUGGCUGGGGGGACCCCAGACGCCAUAAAUCCUCAAUCCCAUCAGCUGGUGCUGGCACUGUCUCCUCCUCAGCAUUAAUCAGUGGCUCUUUGGGGUGAGACAGCGUGCUGCCCCGGCUGCGGGGGGGGGGGGCAUUUCCCUGGCAGAGGGUGGCUCGGGGUCAGAUCUGUGAUUUAUUUUGGGAGCAGGGAUGCCUCCAACCACCAGCACGGAGGAUUUGGAGCUCCAGUUAGGGAUUUACCAGUGGCUUUCCAUCUGGGGUGGGGGCAAAAAGUCCUUAAUCACCCCAGGGGGUAAAAUUUGUCACCCUGGGGUGGCUGCGGGGAGGGGACACGUCCCCAGGCGGUUGUUUAAUGCUGCUUUGCCCCAUAGCAACCCUGGCAUGCUCCACCCCAAAGCUUUUCCUGCCAGAGCAAACCCCUGGGCUUUAAUGAGCUUAAUGAGUAUAGAGCUUAACGAAAGGGCUGGCUUACUCUCUCCGAGGAGCUCCUUUCCCUGGUGGGAGCCAGCACCAUCCUGCCGGGGGGGGGACAGCACGGCAAACCUCCCGGAGGCAUUGGGACCCCCGAGGUGGCCAGGAAGAGGAGGGUCCCCGCUCUCGCCGUCACACAGUGAGGGGAAGGCCAAGAUUUCAGGCUAAUCCCGACCACGCAUCCGCUUUCCGGCGACGAGCCGAUACAGAGCCCCCAAAAUCCCAGGAAAAGGGGCUUUGGGAGAAGGAGGCCACGGCAAGGGGGUGCAACGGGCUCGGCGGGCCCCCCCCCGGGGACCCCAUGAGUGAAGCGGAGCCCACGGCGGAGGCUGUGGUUGAGCGGCCGUCGCGGGGGGCCAUGUCCUCGCUGCUGUCCCUCCAGGAGGAGAACCGCAUCCUGCAGCAGGAACUGUCGCGUGUGGAGGACUUGCUGGCUCAGAGCCGUGCAGAACGGGAUGAGUUGGCCAUCAAGUACAACGCCAUCAGUGAGCGGCUGGAGCAAACCCUGCGGCUGGAGACGGGUGAGCGGGACGCGGUGGAAAGCCGGAGCCUGGCGCAGCACAACAUCGAGCUGCGGCGGCUGCUGGAGGAGGAACAAGCCGCCUACAAGCGCAAGCUGCAGGCGUACCAGGAGGGCCAGCAGCGGCAAGCCCAGCUGGUGCAGAAGCUCCAAGCCAAGUUGUUGCAGUAUAAGAAGAAAUGUGGAGAAGUGGAGCAGCAGCUGCUGGAGAAGGCAACGGAGCUGGAGCAGGAGAGGCUGACAAGCCAGCUGGAUGCAAGCAGCUCCCAGCCGGAGGAGGAGAGCAGCAAUGAGCUGGAGAACGCCUUGAUCCGGCUGGAAGAGGAGCAGCAGAGGAGCAGCAGCCUGGUGCAGGUGAAUUCGAUGCUGCGGGAGCAGCUGGAACAAGCCAACGUGGCCAACGCGGCGCUGAGCGAGGACAUCCGCAAGCUGACGGCCGACUGGGCACGAGCGCGGGAUGAGCUGGAGCAGCGGGAGGCAGAGUGGAGGCGCGAGGAGGAGUCCUUCAACACCUACUUCAGCAACGAGCACAGCCGGCUGCUGACUCUCUGGAGGCAGGUGGUGGCCUUCAGGCGUCACUUCGGGGAGAUGAAAGCCACCACUGAGAGGGAUCUGUCGGAGCUGAGCCACGAGGCGUCGCGGACUGGCAGGGCUGCCCACGCCGCCUGCCUGCACCUGGCUGCCAACCUGCGGCUGGCUGAGAGCCAGGCGGGUGCCGUGCGGGAGAAGCAGGCGAUGCGGCUGGCACAGCUGGAGGAACAGCUGGCGGCACGGGCACGGGACACCGACCUGGAGAAAGCCGCCCUCGGAGCCAGGCUGGCGGAGCUGGUGGCAGCCCUGGAGCGCCUGCGGGCUGAGGAUGAGGAGAAGGAGCAGGCGGUGCAGGCGCUGACCCUGCAGCUGCAAAACCUGGAGGCCUCACGCGCCCAGGAGCCAUCGCUGGCAGAGGUGGAGACGUUGCGCUCGGAGGUGGAGCUGCUCCGUCAGACGCUGCAGGAUAUCACCCAGGUGGUGCUGGCAGACGACCCCGAGCAGCCACCGCCACCCCGGGAGUCCUCCCCGUGUCCCUCCACGUCCCCUCGCCGCAGUCUCUCACCCAGCACUGCCACUGCCGCUGUGCACGCCGCCCUGCGCCACCGCCACCUCCAGCUGCAGGAUGCCCGCAGCCAGGCAGAGGCCAGCCAGGAGGUGGCUGGGAGCUUGCGGCGGGAGCUGGAGGACAGUGAGAAGAGGCUGAGGACCCUUGAGCGGCAGCUGGAGCAGCUCAGUGCCGAGGCUGGGGGCUGCCGGCGGGCGCAGGAUGAGGCCCUGUGCGAGGUGGCCCGCCUGCGCGCCGAGGCUGAAGUCCUGCGCAGGGACCGGCUGCGUGCGGAGGAGGCGCUGGCGGGGGAGCAGCAGCGGGCAGGUGCCCUGCAGCAGGAGCGGGCGCAGCUGCAGCGCUGGGGCGAGGGGCUGGAGGAUGCCCGGGAUGAGGCCGCCCGCGCCGCCGAGGCCGCCCGGCAGCAGCUGGAGCACAGCCAGCAGCAGCUGGAGGAGCUGGAGGCGCAGCGGGCCAGGGCGCAGCAGGAGCUGCUGGAGGCGCGGGAGGCACUGAGCCGGGCCACACUGGAGGCCGAGGUGGCACGGGGUGAGCAGGAGGUGCUGACUGAGGCGCUGAGCAAGGCGCAGGGGAGCUGUGGGGUGCUGGCAGCGGCGCAGCGGGCAGCGGCAGCCGAAGAGGCCCGGCUGCGGGAUGCCCUGGCCAAGACAAGCGAGCUGGCGGCCGGGCUGGCACGGGAGAAGACGGAGCUGAGCCGGACCCUGGCACGGCUGGAAGAGGAGCGGGAGAGCGGCCGCAUCCGGACACGGGAGCUGGGGCAGGAGCUGGCGCUGCUGCGGGGGCGGCUGGAGCAGGGGCGCCGGGCUGGGGCGGCCGAGCGGCAGGGGCUGGAGCGGGCACGCAGGGCGGCCGAGGAGGGCUGCCGGGGGCUGCGGGCAGAGCUGCGGGUGCUGCGGGGCCAGCAGCUGCGCCUGCGCCAGCACCUGGGGCAGGCGGCGCAGGAGCAGAGUGCAGCGGGUGAGGCGCUGGCGCAGGCUCGGGGGGAGCAGGAGCGGUUGCGGGGGGAGCUGCUGCGGCUCAGCCGGGCCCGCGAGGGGCUGGCCAAGGAGGGGGCCAGCCUGGCCGUCCAGCUCGCUGCCGCCCAGCGCCAUGGCCAGGAUCGGGCCCAGGAGGCGGCUGGGCUCAGGUCGGAGAAGGAGGGGCUGGAGAGCAGCGUCUUCCAGCUGCAGCAGCAGCUCGCCCAGCUCAGCACCCGCAACCAGCAGCUGGAGGCCGAGGGCCGGACCCUGCUCCAGGCCAAGGAGGUGCUGGAGGCGGAGCUGGGUGCGGUGCGGCAGGAGCGGGAGCAGGAGCUGGAGGUGCGGCGGCAGGCAGUGGCGGCGGCCGAGACAGCGGCGGUGACGGUGGCCCUGCAGAGCGCCCGCGAUGCGCACCAGGACGAGCUCGACCGCCUCCAGCGCGAGAAGGAGGAGCUUGAUGCCGAGCGGGGGCGGCUGGUGCGGGAGCAGGAGGAGCUGGCAGCUGAGCUGGCGGUGGUGCGGCAGCAGUGCGAGAGCGAGAAGCAGCAGGCACUGGCGCUACAGGAGGAGGAGAGGGCGGCACUGGCGGAGACCCUGGGGGGGCUGCAGCAGAGCCUGGCCGAGGCCACGGCUGAGCUUGAGCAGCAGCGACGAGAGGUCAGCGGCCACCAGGAGAAGGAGCAGAGCCUGGCAGCAGAACUGCGCAGCCUGCGGGUGCAGGCGGAGGAGACAGCGGUGGCCCACGAGCGGGAGGCGAAGACUCUCCGUGACCAAGUGAUGGUGGCGGCCAAGCAGCGGGAUGCUGCCCUGCGGGAGGCGGAGGAGGCACGGGCGCAGCUGCGGCUGGUGGCGGAGGCACGGGCGGCGGGGCGGCGGGAGCUGCUGGAGGCGCAGCGGGAGGCCCGGGAGAGCCGGGAGGGCCGGGAGGCACAGCGGCGGCAGGUGCAGGAGGCACGCCGGGCGCUGGGAGACGAGGCCAGGGAGAAGGAGGCCCUGAGGCGCUCCAACGAGGAGCUGCGGGCUGCACUGCGGCGUGCCGAGGGCGAGCGCAUCAGCCUGAAGCGUGCCAGUGAGGAGAAGGAGCAGCGGCUGGCACUGGUGGAGGAUGGGCGGGCGGCGGCAGACCGGGAGGUGACGGAGCUGCGGGCAACCCUGCGGGAGCUGGAGCGUGCCCGCCUUGACGCCCGCCGUGAGCUGCAGGAGCUGCGCCGGCAGGUGAAGGACUUGGACAGCGAGAACAGCAAGAGGAGCAAGGAGGUGGGUGACCUGCAGGCACGCGUGGCCCUGGAGGAGCAGCGGGAGGAGGAGAGCCGCCGCGAAGCCUUCGGCCUCAGGCAGAAGGUGGCAGAGAGCGAGGCUGGCACGGAGGCCGCCAGGAAGGAGCUCCAGCACCUGCAGCGGCGGCUCUCAGAGGCGGAGGGCGAAUUUCGGCAGCGAGAGAAGGACCUGGCCCGCAGCUUGGAGGAGGCUCGGGGCAAUGAGAAAAAGCUGCUGGCUGAUGCCCGCAACCUGCAGCUGAAGGUGGAGGCGGCGCGUGGGGAAGCGGCCGAGCUGAGCCUGCGCCUGAGCGCGGCCGAGGGUCGGGCACAGGGACUGGAAGCUGAGCUGGCCCGUGGCGAGGCACUGCGCCGCGCUGCUGAAACCCGCCUGGGAGGCCUCCAGUCCGCCCUGCGCCGUACCAUGGGCAUCGGCCGGGCACAGGCUGGCUCCCCGGGCAAGGGUGAGGGACCAGGGGGGUCGGGGAGCCCCAGCUCAUCCCCGGACCCCGAUGCAGCGGCUGAGCCCGAGGCGGUGCGGGCAGCCCUGCGGGAGUUCCUGCGCGAGCUGCAGGAUGCGCAGCGGGAGCGGGAGGAGCUGCGGGUGCAGGUGGACACCCUGGGCCGGCAGCUGGAGGAGGUGGAGGAGGAGCGGGACAGUGCCAGUGCCCGGGCGCAGCAGCUCCAGAAGCUGGUGGCUGAGAGCGAGGAAGGGCGUCGCAGCACGGAGCUGAGCAGCACCCAGGCCACACUGCUGCUGCAGGAGGAGACGCUGCGGCGGGGCGAGCGGGAGCGGCGGGCGCUGCGGGAGAAGGUGGCGACGCUGGAACGGAGCCUGCAUGCCACCGAGGGCGAAUGCCGAGCCGCCCAGGAGAGGCUGAGCGCGGUGAGAGCCAGCGAGGCCGAGCUGCAGGAUGCCAAGCGGCGGCUGGAGGUGGCGGAGAGCCGGAGCACCCGGCUGGAGCUGCAGCAGCGGGUGCUGGAGGGCGAGCUGCAGCGGGCACGGCUGGCCCUGGGCGAGCGGCAAGCGGAGGCACGGGCGAUGCAGGACCGUGCUGAGCUGCUCCAGAAACAACUGGCGGAGAGCGAGCAGCGCGCCGGAGCUUUGCAGCUGGCGAUGGAGCGGUUGAGCGCGGUGCUGGCGGAGAGUGGCUCAAAGGACGAUGCACCGAGCACGGCAGCGUUGGCCGAUGUCCCCGUGGUCCAUGAGCAGCUGCUGCAGCUCCAGAACGCCCUGGCUGCUGGCGAGCUGGACCGGCGGGCGCUGCAGGAGGGGCUGGAGGUGGCACGGCAGGCGCUGGCGGAGGCGCGGGAAGAGAAGGGAGCGUUGCGGGAGCAGCUGCAGGGAUUGCGGGAGGAGCAGGAGGUGCUGCAGCGGAGCAAGGAGGAGCUGGAGGCGCAGGUCCGGCAGCAGCAGGAGGCGCUGCGGCAGCAGCAGCAGCAGCACGGGGGGCUGCAGCAGCGGGUGGGCAGCCUGCAGCGCGCCCUGGCCCGCACGCAGGGCGAGAGGCGGGAGGCCGAACGCGUCGCCCUGCGCCUGGAGAAGGACAGGAGCGCCCUGAGGAGGACCCUGGAGAAGGCGGAGCGGGAGGCGCUGCGGGCGCGGGAGGACUCGCUGCGGCUGGAGGCGCAGAAGGGCGGCCUGGCUCGUGCCCUGGGCACGGCGGAGCGGGAGCUGGCGCGGGCACGGCAGCGCAUCCAGCUGCUGCAGGGCCCACCAGUGACCAGCUGUGGGAUGACUGGCACCCCUGGGCAGGCACCGGCACCGCAGCCCCCGUCGCCCCUGAGCCCCGCGCCCACCGCGGCGCUGCAGCGGGAGCUGGACCGCCUGCGCAUCACCCAGCCAGCGCCGCAGCAUCGCCACCGUGGCCUGGAGGAGCAGAUGGCGCUGCUGAAGGGGCAGGAGCUGCACCGUCACCCCAGCACCAUCUAGCCCGCCCUCCCCGAGACCAGCACAACUCAGCUCACGGGUGGGGGUCAGUGGCCCCAGCCCCCCGCCUCAACAAACACAUCGAUUUUCACCUCAUCAUUCCCUUUUCUCAAGCAAAACCGUGCACUUUACCAAUGAGAUGAUGCCACUCGUGUAUUUUCAGGAUAGGUUGGGACCUGAGGGGAAGUUUUUCCCAUUUUUCUAUUGCGAUUUUUAACAAAAAGUUUGGAAAUACUGAUUUUUUUAGCCCCAGGAGAACCCUGUAUAUAUUCCACUUGAUUUAUCGUGAUGCUCCUCCCGCCUCACAACCUCGACACUCAUUUUUCCCUUUUUUCUACAAAAACACACCUGCUCUAGGGCGGUGGUUUUUGGGGUGGGGGGUGUUUUGGGGAUGCCCAAAUGGCUGUCUGCUGGGGCGCAAGGCUUGAUUCAGGUCCCUAAAUGAUAGCAAAUUAAUAAUAAAUAAUAACAAAUUAAUAAUAAAUAACAGCAAUCAACAGUAAAUAGCAAGGAAUAAAUAUUAAGAAAUACUAAUAAAUAAAUUAUUUUUAUUAUUAUUAGCACCGGGGCCAUGAAGCAGCACCGUGCUGGGGUGCCACUGCCCUCCCACGUGCUCCCCAGCCCGUGAACUGGGAAGCCCACCCCGGGCAACUUUCUGUAAGGGAAUUGGAAAAAUGUAAGGACCACGCGCUGCAUCCACACUCUCUAAGAGAGGGGUAUGCUAUAGGGCUGUAGAUAAGAGAAUUGCAGCCUCUGUAAGAGCUACAUGCUAUAAAAAGAGAGCUGCCCCCUGUGUAAAGGUAUACACCUUAUAGAGCUGCCCCCUAUAUAUGAGCAGGUGCAAUAUAAAGAGGGCUGCACGCUAUCUGGGUUGCACGCUAUAGAAGAGAACUACAUGCUGAAAGAGCUCGAGGCUGCACACGUGGUGUAAGAGAGCAGCACAGUAUAUAAAAGAACUAUAUCCUAUAUGACCUGCACACUAUAUAAGCAAGCUCCACCCCAUAUAAGAACUAGAUACCGAGAGCUGCAUGCUAUAGGGGUUGCACACUAUACAAGAGAACCACGUGCUAUAUGGGAGCUACACCCAGAGCUGUAUAUGCGAUAUAGGUGCUGCAUAAGAGCUGCAUGCUAUAGGGAGGAGCUGAAUGCUGUACAUGCCAGCUGCACAGUAUGUAAGAGAACUGUAUCCUAUAUGGGCUACAUGCUGCGUAAGGGAACUGCACGCUACAUGCUGUAUGAGAACUAGAUACUGACAGGUACAUCCUAUAUGAGCUACAUGCUAUAUAAGAGAACGGAUAUAUAUAUAUAUAAUAUAUAUAUAUAUAAGCAACAUGCUAUAUAAGAGUGCUGUUCACUAUAUACGACCACAACACAAUUCCCUGUGAGGGACCUGGAGAAACUCCCCACGCCGAACCCCUAAAGCCCAAACUAUUUUCUAUAAGUGACCCAGACCCCAACCCUCUUUCUAUAGGGGAACCUGAGCCCUAAACACUGCAGAGCCCCCUCCUCCCCCCUUUUCUAUAGGGGAACCAGGCAACACCCCAGCAUCAACCCUCCAAACCACAGAGCAGCUUCUGUGAGACUCAGAAACGUGCCCCAAACGCCUCUAUACAGCACUUUUUUCUAUAAGACACCCCCCCCAAACUAAGCCCCCCCCAAGCUGCACUAUUUCCCCCAACUACUCCAAAAUCAGCUAUUUUACAAGCCCCAAAACACCCUGAAAACACCCCAAAACCAUCAUCCACAGCCCUUCCUCCUGUGCACGGGGCUGGAUGGCUGGGAAUCACUUAAAUCAGCAGCAACACCCCCCCCAAAGUUAGACCCUUCCCAAAAAAUCAGCCCCCCUCCAAAGAAAUCUGAAAUCUUCCCCAAAAGUCAGAAAUCCACCAAAAAAUCAGAACCCACUCCCCCAAAAAGUCAGAAAGCCCCCAAAGAAAUCAGAAGUCUUCCCCCCAAAAAAUCACAAAUCCAUCAAAAAAUCAGAACGUCAUCCCCCAAA